CUUAAGGGAAGGUGGUCUAGAUUGAAAAACACCGUUUAGAAAAAGUAUCAGACGGGGCAAACUUUGAAUUUUGUUCUCUGCCUUCAUCUCCUUUACAAACCGCGAAUCUUCAGAAGUGAUUCCAAAUUUGGCUGACAGGAAAGUGAUGGAUUUGACUGGUUUGGCAACGGGAAUAAAGUUGGGAAAGUACGAGGUGAAAAUGGAGAACCCAGCUGAGUGAGAGUGGGGUGAGAAGGCUGGAUUUGGCAAAGUUGGGAGUCCUGCCCUGCUGUUAGCAGGCUUGUUAGCAUGCUAAAACACAACGCUUUUUCGGAUAAGAAAUGAGGUGAGAUUUAAGGUCACUUGAUACACAUGUAAUGCCGGUUUUAUGUACAAAAGUUUAGGCAAGACUAUUUUAGCCUUACCGGAAAAAUAGUUGUCAAAGAAAAUAAACACUGACAUAAGUAAUGUUUAGGCCUGACAGUUUUUUUUUUUUAAAUCUUUAACUGAAAAGAAGAAAUACUAAAUGUUUGUAUAAAAAGUACAGGCUUUUCAUAGUUUAUUUUCCACAGUAUUUUCCUGUUAUUUUGAGGGAUGUUUGUGGUCAAUUGUACAUCCUUAGGUGUAAAAACAGAGCAGUCUGGUUGAUAAACGUUUUGUACAGGGAACUUUUGACUAUAUUUUGGGCCAACAUUCAACGUCUGAUAUUAGACCAUCUGGGAUUAGGCUUCUAUUUCCUACAAAGGCAGAGCUAUGUUGGCCAUUGUUUCUUGGUCAAAACAAGUCUGGAUAGCUGUGAUCAUAUUUUGGCUGGAAGUUUCUCACAAUAUGGCCUCAUCAUGCAAUAGCCAUACUAAAAUAGUUCUGACCAUACUGCUUUAGGUUGGAUGCUUUUCUGCUUUACCAUGAUGCACCAAACAAAAGCUUUCUCAGUAAAAUCACUGCUGAGAGAAUGUUUUGUUAUUAGCCUAUAACCAUAACCACUCAAGACUCAGAUUUGUUUUGGUGUUGUGCAUUUCAGAGCUCCCCUCUGCUGCUCUCCAGCCUGUGGGUCUCCAGGUCGCUGUAUCAUCUGUGGCAAAACCUCUGCUGACAUUUCAGCUGCUCCCAGUGGAUUGAAGCAGAGCUGAAUAUCUUUCUCUCUGUGGAAGUACUUACUUACUUUCUGCCCAACUCUGACUGCAUUUGUCCUUGAAAACGAAUGAACCUCCUGACAUUCCUGUCCUGACGUUCCUUUUUUUUCCUCUGCACUCAUGCACUUUUACUCAGCUAUUGAACAUAGUCUACAGUUUGAGAUGGGACCCUUGUAGUUUUUUUUUUUUUUUUCAAGAGAGGCUUGAGGUACCCCCUGCCUGCACACUGUGCAGCCUGACUGCUUUUUUGAACUCACAGGCACAGACCUAUUGAGGAAUAUUGUGACCAGAAGACAGACAUCAAUACUGCACUUGCUGAUCAAGCUGAGACAUCCUGAGUUCGUCCCCAAAAUACAUUCAUGAGCUCUUGAACCUCUAAGCUGGACUAAGUGGAUGUAUUGCUUGAACUUGAGAACUGUGACUGCCGAAGUCAGCUCAUUGGAACUAAAGUGGAUGGUAUUAGCUUUAUUCAUGAACCCACCGUCUGAGUCUGGGAACGGCCUGGAUGUUGGAUGCUCUGAGUGUGUCGAAUCAACUAUUGUGGUGAUGAGGCAGGGCUCCUGGUGGCCUGUGUGGCUCGCUGGGCAGUGGCCCAAAGUGAUGUGAUGGGGUGCAGGAACAGUAAGGUCCUCCCUGAGCCUCCAGGGGAUGUCCAGUUGGACCUGGUCAAAAAGGUGAGUCGGAAAAUGUUUUAAUAACAUGGUUAAAAUACUGAUAGUUGUCCAACUAAAUAAGUAAUCAAAGUAACGCCACUACUCUUAAGGAGAUUACAACUAGUAUUAGCUUGAGUCUGAGAAGUGAAGCCAGCUUCUUAGUGCCCGAUUGUUCUGAAUUAAAUAAGAAAAACACUGUCCUGUUGGUAAUUGACCUCAGUAAACUUUUUCCAAUAAGUUUAUAUGCUCCACUACCAGCUUUUAAAUACUCCUCAGACAGUUAGGAAUUCACUUUGACAAUUAUGAUCCCACUUUAAUACAGGAAAUAAAAGUUGUGGCUACCUGUGACUGAGAAGUUAUGACUCCAGAAAUGAAAUGUGCUGCUACCUAGUGUGUACCAGCAAGACCCUGAGUUGUCUGCUGGUCAUUAUUUAGUGUGAACAUUGAUGCAUAAUCAAAGCUUAGCUGGUCCUUCAAAUAUGGUUAUCUCUGACCCCAAAAUACAAAGAUGGUAAAAGCCAAAAAGCCAAAAUGCCACGCCCAAGGUUUUGAAUCGGUUGUUUUCAAGUCAGCACUUCGCUUUUAUUUAAAGUCUAUGCAAUUAGUAGGAGGUGCAGAAUCUAAAGUGUUUUAAAUAACUGACCUUAUAAUGGUCUUAACAAUUAGCUGACAUGGAUUUGCCUUUUUGAAUUAGUAAGUCAUCUUCUUAGGUAAAUUUUGUGUGUUUGCUGAGGCUUGUGCCUGUACAAGGAAACGCAAGGAUGCAUCCUGUUGACAACGUACAUAGGCUAGGUUUUUAUUCGGACACGUUUUCAGACAAAUUGAGAUUUAAGUGUCUUUAGGGAGAUAGCAAAAACAACCUUAACAUCAACAGCACAGCUUACCAGGUAAUUAGUUUUAAUGCAGACAUACUGUAUCUUUAGGUUUACUGUCAAAUGUAGUAAGUACCAAGGUGUAUGUUAACUUAUCAUAUUUCAAUCCUCCAACUAACCAAAGUAUAUGUGUUUGCUAAGAUGUAAUAUAUAACCACAGAUUUACAAAUUUACAACUCAAAUUACAAAAAAGUUUGGAUGCUGUAUAAAAUGUUGACAGAACAGAAUUUGAUUGUUUGCACAUUCAAAGCCUGUUUUAAUUAAAAAUAGUUUAAAGACAAUAUGCCAAUGUUUGAAACUGUUCUAUAAAGAAUACAGGGUUUCUGAACAGUUAGGACAGGUGCAUGUUUGCUGUUGUGUUGCAUCACUUCUUCUUUAAACAACGGUCUGUAAAAGUUUAGGAACUGGGGAAACCAGUUUCUGGUGAAAUGCUGUCCCAGUCUUGCCUGAUGUAGGUUUUCGGCUGCUCAACAGUUUUGGGGUCUCCUUUAUUAUGUAUUUUUUGGACCAUGAUGUGCCAAAUGUUUUCAAGUCCAGACUGCAGGCAGGUCAGUGAAGCACCUGUACGCUUGUGCUGCAGAGUUAUGCUGGUGCAGUCUCCCCUGUAAAAGGCAUCAUCUGGGUGGAAGCUCCAGUAGGACUGGGUGCUUUGGCAAAAAAUAUAAUCACAAUAUAUUUUGUCAUAUUGUCUGAUCUUGAUUAUCCUCACGAUUUUUCAUUAUUUUUUCUUUAAACUGUCAGUUUUGAAGCAUUUGUACUAAAAUUUAAAGAAACAAGAGAUUCAACGAUGGCAUCUUUGGAGGGAUAAUGAUAACCCCUAUAGCAUCGCCAGUCCUGGCUUUUGCGCUCUAUGCUGUUAACAAGCGCGGUGGCUCCCCUCCCCCCUCAUCUUUAGAGUGAAGGAGAUGAUGUUGCAUGAUCUGCAAAAAGAAUGUUAAAUGUUGUAGCCCCAGGUCACAGGACAAUUUUCCUUUUUGCCUCAGUCCACCUUGAAUGGCUUGAGUCAAGAGAAGUUGCCAGUCUUUCUGAAUCAUGUUUAUAAAUGCUUUCCUCUUUGCAUGAUUAAGGCUUAACCUAUAUUUGAGAACACAGCAAUGAACUACGUUCACAGUCUGUGCUUUCUGGAAGUCAUUUUGAGCCCAUGCAUGCAUGGAUAUCCACUACAGAGUUAUAUCUGUUGUCAAUACAGUGCCACCUGAGGGCCGGAAAGUCUUAGCCAUUCAAUACUGUUUUUGAAUCAGAGAUUUCUCUGAAGUCAUUGAAUGUUUUUUUUCUGAUGUUGCAUGCUAUAGACGAUGAAAGCCCCAAAUAUUCAGCAGGUUUAUGCUGACAAACAUUGUUAAGCUGUUAGCUCAUUGUGUCCCAUAGAGUGGUGAACCUCCUCUCAUGUUUACUUCUGAGAGAAGGAGCUCCUCUGGAAUGUCCUUUUAAUAUCCAGUCAUGUUAUUUAGGUGAUCUGCCUCCAGGGCCUUAUACCAGUUUUCAUAGUUUUGUUGUCACUGACCCAACUUUUUUGAAAUCUGUUGCUGGCAUUUCAUUUUAAAUGAGUGGACACAUUAUUCUCAUAAAAAAAUAAAAAUAAAAAAUCUGUUUCAAUAUUUAACAUGUUGUAUUUUCAAUCCUUUACUCAUAUUUAGGUUUUAAAUGAUUCACAAACCAAAUCAUUCACCACAUCAUUUCACCAUAAUUUUACACAGCAUCCAAAUUUUUCAAAAUUGGAGUCGUACUAUUCAUAAAAGUAAAUAAAAAUAAACUCUUAUUGAACAAGUUGAAUUUUCACUGUAGAAUGUCUUGGUCACUUAAAGGCCUUCACUUCAUGUAACAAUUAAAAUUCAAAAUGCAUCCAAUCUAAGAGUUUCAUAGUGAAUUUAAAAGCCAUUGCAAAAAAUUUCUUAAGUUCCUCACUCUCUGAAAUAUCAAUGUAAGUAUCAGCUUCCAGUAGGUCAGGAUAUAAACCAAGUAUUUAAAUUGUAAAAGCUGAGCCUGUCCUGCCUUUUUCAACACAGAAAAUAAAUCAUCCAUUUUUGUUUUUUUUAUUGUUCUCCGGUUUAAGAUUAGGAUUUAUGAUGAACUGUGUUCCUGUAAUUUCAGGUUGAUCCUCCUCCUCCUCCUCAGACAGACAUCUACAAGCACUUCAUACGAGGGGAUGGCACAAGGAGCAAGACUGGUGGGUCUGGCGCAGCAGGAGGUGACAAGGCUGGCUCCACCUCUCCAUACCGGGCCCAGGCCCAGGCUGCCACUCCCACAGCCUCAGCCCAGCCCCCAAAAGACCCACCUGAACUGUCAGACCCUCAGCGUAAAAAGGUGGCCAAGUAUCGAGCCAAAUUUGACCCCCGGGUCACUGCUAAGUAUGACAUCAAAGCUCUAAUAGGGCGAGGGAGCUUUAGCCGGGUCGUACGAGUGGAGCACAAGAGCACGCGGCAGCCAUACGCCAUCAAGAUGAUUGAAACCCGUUACCGGGAGGGGAGGGAGGUGUGUGAGUCAGAGCUGUGUGUUCUGCGCCGUGUCCGUCAUACCAAUAUUAUCCAGCUGAUGGAGGUCUUUGAGACAGUGGAGCGUGUGUAUAUGGUGAUGGAGCUGGCCACAGGAGGAGAGCUCUUUGAUCGAAUCAUAGCUCGGGGCUCCUUUACAGAGCGCGACGCCACGCGGGUGCUGCAAAUGGUACUGGAUGGGGUCAAGUAUUUGCACACUCUUGGGAUCACUCAUCGUGACCUGAAGCCUGAGAACCUGCUUUACUACCACCCUGGAGCCGAUUCAAAGAUCAUCAUCACUGACUUUGGUUUGGCAAGUAGCAGAAAGAAGGGAGAUGAGUGUCUGAUGAAGACCACCUGUGGCACACCAGAGUACAUUGCCCCUGAGAUCUUAGUGAGGAAGCCCUACACAAAUGCUGUAGAUAUGUGGGCGCUUGGAGUGAUAUCGUACAUCCUGCUGAGUGGGACCAUGCCCUUUGAAGAUGACAACCGCAUGAGGCUCUACCAGCAGAUCCUUAAAGGGAAGUACAGCUUCUCAGGAGAGGUGAGAAGUUCAAUCUGUUUCCUUCUCUUUUUUUUUUUUUUCCUCAGAUCCAGGCGGGUCUACACAAUCCUGUAAUGUCCCAUCUUUAUUGGAAAUGUUAAGUUGGCAUCAUAUGGGUGUUCAGCAGGUAUGGGUAAGGCCUUUGAUGACCUAACAAGUGAGAUGGAUGUAAAACGGUGGAGCUGGGAGGAUGAGGCAGUGCUCUGUGUGUUAUCACGUCUAAAUGUGUGCGUGCGUGUAUAUGAAGCUCCAGCUUUUUGUUUACACAUCAUGCCUCUCAUACUUUUGCGAUGCCAUAAUGCAAUGUUCAAACACACACUAGAACACAAAUAUCAAAGUGAUGCAGAUUCAGUGUAAAAGCACAAAUACAAAACGAUAGCCUCAUUGCAUCUUUGUACUGAUCACAAUAUAAGCAGGGCUGAAGAUACACAAAGACCAGCACUCAUAUUUAGGAUUUUCAAAAUAGAGGUGUCCAGGUACAACUUCUUUACUUCCGAUAUGAUACCAAUAUUGUAGCCUUCAGUAUUGGCUGAUACCGAUAUUGAUUCGAUAUUGGCACACACCUGUGCAUGACAAGUUUUACACUCAGCUGCAACAUCUUUUUCUGACCUAAACAAAAAAUACUACCACAUGGCGGACAUCACUCCUUCUCCUUGCUACUUUGUUUGUACCUUAGUACACACGGUUGUUGUGAUCAUGUGGGCUCUGCAUGCUGGAUCCAGGCGCUUCUAGACGGAGGUGCUGGAGUGGAGUCUGGAAUGGACUGCUUGUAUCAGCGUGCUGAUAUCCUAGAUCAGGGGUCUUCAAAUAAAUUUUCAGUGGGUCCACCUGAAUGAAAUGCCUGCAGGCCUGGGUCCAGGGAUUUUUAUUUAUUUAUUUUUUUACAGUGCAUUACUCUUUUGAAAUAUUCACUUCAUUUGUAUUGCCAAUAACUGCCUACUUUCAAUUGGCUGUGUGCUUCCUGCGGGUAAAAUGAAUGCAAAUGACUCGGUACACUCGCCAUAAAACACCCUGUUCUCAUUCUCUACCUUUUGUGGUUUUUAAGCCGACAUGUUUAGCUGCUGCUACAACUUUCUCCUCAGUCUGCCGCCUGACAGUUUUCAACAUCGUGAUUGCUCGGUAAUCUUCGUGUGUCGAGUAGGCUAAGAGGUCUGAUUUGAUUGACAAGUCAAGGAGUAAGCAAGUGAUGUAAUGCCUUGCUGAAAUUGCACGUGCAAUUUACUGAACCAGGCACAAAGCAAGAGAGUAAGGCUGCACGAUAUUGGAAAAAACUAACAUUGCGAUUUUUUUCAACCCUGCGAUAUAUAUUGCGAUAUUAAAAAUAUAGGAAUUUUCACCAGAUGACCUGAAUAGCAUUUAAUGUUAUACUGCACUGCUGAAAUCUUGAGGACAGUUAACCUGCACUGAUCUUACCUCUUUUUGUGAAUGUUAGAAUGGCUUCUGUCUGUCUCAGAGACAUUUUUAGCUUUUAUUGUGCUGGGACGUUAUUGUGGCGACAGAUGAACACAGAACACGUGUUUUGGUCAACAUCAUCCUUCUUUUAACCGAAAAAAUCCCAGAUAACUGACUUUCCUUUUCUUUUUGGCAACAAUUCUUCAUUUUCGGUGGUUUCCUCUUGUUCGUUGCUCAUUUUGCAAUCGUUGUUGUUUAUGUUGUUCUUAGCGGUGUUGUGCCGAGAAACGCAUGUCCUCCGAGAAUUGCAUGCACCUCGCAAAACGUGCACUGCUUAUAGUAGAGUGGUCCACGGAAAUAUACAUUUUAAAACCCAUACAGUUCUUAUUUGUUGGGCUUAACAGUCAGUAAAGUUCCGAAAGUAAUUCUCAGCGGACACGCGUCUCACUCCAUGUGCAGAACAUGUGCAGGGAUGGGUUUCCUCCUCUCUGAUUUUGAUUGACAGCUGGCAGGGUAGUCAGAUUGGCAACUGAGUAAAGAACGAAGGUGAUUGGUGGAUCGCUACACAGCACAUGCAGAGUCACAUGCAGUGUAUCUCAGUCAGUUACCCUUGAAAUUAACUGAGUUCAUUCAGCUCCGACAUCGCAGGCUCUGCGAUGUGACUAUCGCACACAUGUACAUCGUGCAGGCCUACAAGAGAGAAAAAAAACACACAUUUUUCUGCGGUAGGCUAGGGUCCGUAUUGGACUCUUUCCCGGUCCGGAAGUGGACCGCGGUCCGCCAUAUGGAGACCACUGUCCUAGAUCUUAGAUGCAGGUUGAUAUAAUCUAAUAUUUGUUUUGUUUUUUUUUUGCUGAUAUUGGACCAUAUCCCAUAUCAAUAUCGGAUCGGGACAUCCCUGUUUCAAAAUGUUCUGUUUUCUUGGGAGGUUACACAGUUUUAAAGAGAUAAAUGCACAUUUUGACCCACUUUCUCUCCCGUACUUCUUCCAUCUCAUUCUUAUCUUCGUUUAUUCAUGUCUAUAUUUUGUCCCCUAUUCUUAUGCUCUCAUUUAUUCCUUCUCCCCAAGUUAGUACCUUUCUUUAGCGUUGAUGUGGGCACAUCAAUUUAUGAUCUAUCUGUGAGUCUAGCCAAAAUAAUGCAGAGUAAUGUGUUCCUUUUACUUACUACGUGGGAUGUUUAUGAUGCUAUUGGGUUUUUACGAAGAGGUCCCUUGGUUAAUGUUUGCCCCUCAUACAGUGAGCACAAAUAGUAGCUGAGCAUUUUUAUAACACUUAAUCCUUUUUGUUUCGCUGGGGUUUCAGGUUUCAACUUCUCAAGUGUCUGAAAGGUAGGACGAGGUCAGAUUGGACACAUUUAAUAAUUGAAACCACUGCCAGUGAGCUUGUAUUUUAGCUGAGGUUUGCAAAGUGUCUGGCAGAGCUGCAACAAGACUAUGUUUGUCCAGCAGGUCUUGCUCUGAAUUAGUGAGUGAGCUCUUCAGUGCAGUAAACAGCUCUGAACCUGGGGAUGGUGGAUAGAAGGUAAUAUAAAGCUUACUGAGUAGAUAUUGUGGAUUUAACUGUUCAGUUAAAUACUACGUUAUAAACCCCACUGGAGUUCCAAAGGAUGACAAAGCUAGCGAUGUCUUUAUAUCAGUCUCAAGUACUAGACUGACUUUUUUUACUGAUUAGGGAUCAUCACAGCUCAGUAAUAAUCAGCACGUCCAAUAAUAUCAUCCAAUAUUCAACAUUUUUACAAUAAUUGGCAUCAGCCGUGUUUUUCAUGGAUAGACGAUAAAAUACGUUUAUUUUAAAAUGCGUUUGUUCGGCGCUGCCUGACGCCAUCACUCUUGGCUGUGUAACAAUGUCACACCCACAGUCACCACCGGAUUGGGACUAAUAACUGAGACUACCAGCUACAACUGCCCAACCAUACAGUCCAUGAUUACGUUUCUUAUUUAUUAAAAUUCAGGGAGAAAUUUUACUAUGCUUUUUUUUAUUUUCGUAAGAGUUAGAGUUCAUCAUAAAUGCUACUACAUGAUCCCUGCAGUUUUCGUUGUUUUUGUUGUUAAGACAAUCAAACAAUUGUUUGGACCUUUUCAACAAAGAUUUGCAUCUUAUUAUGCAAGUAUUUAAGGCUUUUUUUAUUACAGAUUUUCACAGUGUACAAAACAAACAAACAGUGUACUGUGUUCAGUCUAAUCCCAGGUGUGUUAUCUAAAAUUUUGACACCAAAAUAUCAAUUUUUACUGCAAUUGAAUACCAGUUCCAAAUAUCAGUUAUUGAUUUCCUUGAUUACUAAUAAUCGGUAUCAGCCCUAAAAAAUCGGUCAAGUCUUAAUGUCAAGUAUCACAAAUUAAACACAGUUUGUAUACAAAUCCUCCCCUUCAGGUUGGUGACCCUGCCCGAGAUGUUUGUUCUGCCUCUCGAAAAUUUCCACCUAGACACAAUUUUUCUCCCUCACAAACGCUGGUUCAAAAUGGCGAAGGUACAAGCAAGGCAUGGCAGUUGCUCUGUUGUUUGCUGCACGAAGCAGCACAGAAGACUGUUUCCAUAGACUGCAAGAACAUCGUCACGAGAGAUAACUAGACUUACAAUAGUGGGUAUUCACCAAAAGAGUACCGAGAAGACAGCGGGGAUGUAACUGUUAGCAGGAGCUAAUGUUAGCUAGCUACAUGUAAGUCACUGUGUAACAACACACAGACAAAGUAAAAAGAAAAAUAUGGAGACACAUAAUGUUUGUAGGUAACCAUUCAAAAACGUCCUACUGCAGACACUGAGUUGGAAUUUCUUCAGGAGCCUCUGCUUCAGACUCUGGAUCAAACUGGUACGGCUGGACCACAGCGCUUCUACAACCAUACCUAGCACUCUGUGAAAACAUUAGCGCAUGGUACCGUAGCACAGGCCACGCCCCUUCUUCCAGAGAGACAGGGAUGGGCGUGGCUUGCGCUGAAGGAGGCGUGGACGGGCGCAGCACACAGAAACAGCGUGUUCUCGGUAGGGCUCACUAGAGAGAGUUUUCAGGCUGGCUGAAGUCCAGGGAAAAGCUGGGUUUUUAGACUACAAACUUCCAAUUGACUGUUCUGGGACCUCUGAGACCUUUUGUGAACCUUCUAAAAAGGAGUAUUAUAUGGGACCUUUAAAGAACUAUCACAGGACGCAAUGAGACAGUUAAAAGUUUGUAUUGUUCCUCUUGUACUCUCCUCCUGCAUCCCUUUUGCAUGUGUGUCAGAGCUGCUGUUAGAGGGAUGAACUUUGUGUGAUAUGAGUUAAAUGGAGAUUUGAUUUGAAAGCAGGAAAAUUGGCAAAAGGCCCAAAAUAUUACAAAGAGGUGAUAAUUUCGUCACUGUAGACAACAGGCUUACCUUCAUGUUAUAUGUAAGUUUUAGAGCUAUGCAAGCUAGGCCAAGUUCAAUGAAAAUAGGCAAAGGCAUGUCUUAUUUUGUUUGCCUAAUUAUGCUGCUAAAAAUGAGACCGGAAUCAGAGGCCUUAAAGGCUGAUUGGGACAUCUGUGGACACAGCAGUCUCUACUCUCUGCCAGUGUACAUAUACACAGUCACCUGUUAUAGGGACAUUAUAGGUCUGUCUUUAUGGUUCUUACACAAGCUCUGCAGUUUACACUUCGCUAAAACAUAAAAGUCCCCAUUGAUCAGCAAGAAAAGGGAAAGCAGUAGAGAGACAGCUGGUUGUUGCUGACUGUAAAACAUACUGCCUCUUUGUGACAUCAAUUCAUCACAACUUCUCUAUCAUCUCCUCAGAAAUGAAUAUUGUCCUAUUUUCAUGAGUGCAGAAAACUUUUCAAUUCUUAAGUACUCCCAAAAUGUUAAUUUGGGUAAAAGAAGCGAAUAAAAAUGUGCCAUCAUAGCACUGACAUGUGUCAACAUCUAAGGUGGUAUGUCUAUGUCCACUUUUGACCAAUGUGUCACUAUAUUUUGUUGUCUAUGGAGGCGUAUAUUUACUUGUUUUUCCUAAUUAUUCUCUGUUGUCAGUCUCCAGUUUCUCCUGAGACCAUGCUUGUACCUUUGGCUGCUAAAUGAUUACCAAAAAUAUGUGCAUGUGAGAUAAUGUGCAUUUAUAGAUUUCAUAAAGGGUUUAUUUAUUGAAUUGUAAGCUACAAUAGGUUUUAUUUUGCCUUAGUUUAAAAAUAUCCAGCCCUGACGGUGAAUGAUGGGCAGAGCAGAGCAGACUGAGUGUUGGUUCCUGGGCUACAUGAUUCUUUGCACUGUAAUAAAUAAGAGUCACAUUUGCCAAAGCUGUCUAAAAGCUUAACAGAGCUGUGACAGUCAUGUAGCUGAAGAUAAAAUGUGUGUCUGAUGUCUCAUAUGUCUUAAGCAAACACUGGUGAUUUACACUGAACUUUCAUUAGCAAUGUUAGUUCUCUGCAACCAGCUGUGUCUAAAAACGCAGCUGGUUGCCAAGCAGGACAUCAUGUACCAACUGUGCAUGCACAGUUUACAUAUGUGUGUUUCAAGUCAUGCAGCGCCCAGUGCCCUCUGCCUGUCAGAGUUUGGGUAGUUUGACUCACAAGUAAGUAAAUCUCAUAAGAGUCUAGCAGCUAUCGAGAACAUUAAAUCUAAAUGACUUAUUUCAUUCUUCACUUUUGGUACCAGGUACAGCGAGGCUUUGAAGACGUAAUCAAACAGAACAAAACUGAACUUUCUUCCUCACACCUGUGACAGGAUGUGACCAUUUAAAGACUCACUGUCACAUUGACAUGAAAGACAGUAAAACCUGUCAUGGUAAAGUGAGCAGGUUUCAUGUCAGUUCAGAGCUCUCAGAACUUUUCUGACACUGUACUCAACAGUUCUCCAUGGCUCUGCUGCCCUCUUGAGUCCAGUUGAUGGAGCUCUCCUGAUGCUAAACAAACUGUAAUUCUGGCACUAUGAUCAAAACUUCUUUAUCUAAUAAAGGUGUGUGGGCUUAACAAAAUAUGGUGCUGUAAUGACAGAGCUGACAUCACAAGGGUAUUUUUUUCACAUUUAUGUCGGUGUGUGAAGUAGCACACAAAAGAAUGAAACUAGGAGCUAAAAGCUUGAGGAAUUCUUGCAAAGUCUAAGAACACAAUACAAUGACGUUUUAUCCUCCUCUUUUUACCCACAUAUAAUAAAAUUCUCCUAAAGUCUUAUAGGAAAAAUAAAAAAAUCCCUUUAUGAUUGGGGUGGGAAUCACCACGGGCCCCACGAUAUGAUCUUAUCACGAUACUUGGGCCACCAUAUUGUUGCAGUUUUUUACAUUUUGCAAUACAGUCAGUAUUGCGAUACAAUAUAUUGUGAUCUUUACAAUUUUUUUUAACUGUUUUGCUAAUUUAGCAUUUGUCUUUCCUGUAUGUUUGUCUUACUUACACAAAAUUUUACUUUCAUGGAGCAUCUUUAUCAAGUUACUGCACAAACCUCAUGUGUCAGGUCCAUCUCAUUUGUGCCCUGUUUGCAUUCCAAAUGUCUUUCUCCAGGUGCUGCUAUAUUUGUUGUACUAACUUUCUCCUGCUCUAUGAUGUCACCUUUGCCAGCCUCACUGGACAAACAGUUGAUUUGAUUUUUCCAUUAUCAUAGAUUUGACUUCAUAUUAGCAAUUAAUUUGAAAAAACUGAUACCUGGUAAAUGAGUUAAUAUGAUAUAUCACCAGACAAAAUAUCGCAAUACUAUUCUGAACUGAUUUUUUCUCCCACCCUGACUAUAAUUAUGUCGGUGCUGUUCAGCAAUCAUUAAUUUUAUUAACUGUUCGUGCUCCACAAAGAACUUCUGGUUAAAAGAUUUCAGCGAACACAGUUUAUUAAUUACUGUCUUGCUUUUCAUGUGUCUCCUCCCUCCAGCCAUGGCCCAGUGUGUCGAACUUGGCCAAAGACUUUGUGGAGCGGAUUCUGACUGUGGACCCCAGUGAGCGGCUCACAGCUGGACAGGCCCUCAAGCACCCCUGGAUCGUCAGCAUGGCUGCCUCUUCCUCCAUGAAAAACCUACAGCGCUGCAUAUCUCAAAACCUUCUGAAGCGGGCAUCGUCCCGCUGCCACAGCACCAAGUCAGCCCAAUCCACUCGCUCCAGCCGCUCCACCAAAUCCAACAAAGCACGGCGGGUGAGAGAGAAGGAGCUGCGUGAGCUGAACCGUCGCUAUCAACAGCAGUACAAUGGCUGAAACAUGGACUACAGCAGCUCAACACUGUAGCAGUUAAUUUACCUUUGGGUAAAACAGCACAAUGACUGAGCUCUUGCUUUAAUCUUCAUUAGUUGCAGUUGCUGCCAGUGUCAGAGGUGAAAUGAUUAAAAAUCAUUGCUGACAAGGAAGAGGACAGGGACUUGACUAAAUAAGCAAGCAACAAUGAGUGUGCAACGGAAUUAUCCUUAUCAAGUUACUGCUGCAAAGUCAAACAGGAUCGCAAAGACAGUGUAAUCAACAUUUUUUCCCCAGCAGUGUGUCUCCUGAUGAGAGCAGACAAGAACUUAGCAGGUUCAGACUCUGAAGGAUGCAUCAUCUCUACAUCCAUUCCUUCACUCUACUUUGAAAGGAUGGCCUUUUAACUUCUUUGCCUUUGUUCUUUCAACUUCUGUGUCUCUACAUAUUUAUUUAUUAUUGUUGACAUGAUUAUUAGUCUCCACUCAAAUGGUCACUGGAUAAUGACCUUCUUCUAGGAUCUGUUGAACAGAGGUUUGGUUACUGAAGAUGUUAAAAAAGGGGAUACUUAAAGAGGAGGAGAUGGGAGAUUCCCUUCACUCUUCCCAGUUUGAAAAUUGCUGUGAAUUUACUGUUGUACAGAGGUCGAGUUAUUUCCUAGUACUUAGAUUAUCUAAUCUUGCCACCAUUUUUCUGUUAAAGUGAUCAAUUCAAAGCUGUCAAAAGAUUGUGAAGCUGUUUUGUGGCCUUGUUUUAUUUUAAAGGUAUAGUUGAAUUAUUUUUUGUGGGGUCAUAUGAAGUACUUGUCAAUAACAUGAUACCAACAGGGGAUCCAAGCCAGCUGGACAAAGAACUGACAGGCUAUCAACUGCUGUAGACAGGGGAUAAAAAAGUCUGACCUAAAUAUCAUUGCUAGUUUAAUUAAAUCGGUGGGUCUUUUUUUGAAAUACUUGUUGAGUUAAGCCCUUUUCGGGGUUGAUUAACCAACUUCCUUGUUGACUCUUUGCCUGAUCUCUCAGUAAAGUAGCUGAACAAACCUGGGUCCCAUGCGGAUUAGGGCUGCACGAUUAAUCGAUUUUAAAUCGUAAUUGGAUUAUUUGAUUAUGACGAUGAUGUUUAAAAAAUUUCAAUCAUCAAAUCGAUUUUCCUCUCUAUCAUGUCAUGCACCCCCAGGCCACCUUAGGCUCUCUCUUUCUAGAGCGCUCCCCAGUUUUCACACACACCAUUGUAAACAAACAUGGCGUUUGCAAAAGAAAGCGAUGAUUUCAUGGCUAAUUGGGGAAAGAGGAAGUCAGUCAUGUGGAAUUGGUACGGCUUCACAGUUUCAGAUUAAAAGCAAACCACUCCCCACUGCAAAGUCUGUCUGAAGGCGGUAUCAACCCGUCCACACGGAAACGAAUUCAGGAUUAAAUGCAAAGGUUCUUUGUCGCAUUGGCGUCUAAUCCAUAUGGAAACUGCGUUUCGGGUGACUGUAUUUGGUACUUUUUGAAAAUGAGUCAGAGAGUGCAUAAAUCCAUAAAUGACUACCAUUUCAUCUCCAUGUAAAUGCCUACCUGUAUCUCUAUAAACGAUUAUGUCACACACAGCGUAACUUUUCUAUGGCGCCUGCACGUGUCCGGCCAAAACAACCUAUAUACACAUUCUCUGUACUCUUCUUCUGUCUUUGGUGCAUUUCUUCGGCAGUGUUACAGCGCCACUUACUGGCUUGGAAUAUGCACUACACUGUUUUCAAUGGUUUCUUUUUUAGAGAGGAUAGAAAAAUGUAUUAUCAGAGUGAAGUUUGGAAAAGUUGUCACUAAAUAAGAAAUUGAAAAUUGAGUUUUCAGAGAAAAUAAUUGGGAUUUUAUUUUUGGCCAAAAUCAUGCAGCCCUACUGCGUAUCUACGUCUAAUGUUGUCAAGUACCUCAUACAACCCGCCAAAUAUAUCAAACUAUCCAUUAAUGUAUUUUAUCAGACCCUUGGUUACACAGCAUUGCUCACAGUGACCUUCUGAAUUCAAUAUAUUCUGCUCAUGAAAUACCUACCGCAAUCCUUGCCUGUUACAGUGAGAAUGACACACGGCUACAAAAAUGAAUCAGUGUUUGUUUUAGGGAGCUGCCACUGGUUUUACUGGUUCUCUGUAACCUAGAAUGUAGCCCAUUUUAUAUUACAGAUAUAAGCAUGUACUAAUUACAAAUCAAUCAGAUAAUCCAGGUUGCAUCACACAAAGUAGUUCUUACCUAAAUAAUAGGUUGUUAGAAAUGCUUACUAAAGGCUGUUCUUGCAAACAGAACCCCCAGACAAAGCUAACAUUAGCUACUACCAAUAGAUGGCUUGUUUGCACCAAAAACAAAAAAGGUAUCUGACCAGACAUCCAACCAAAAUUCUGUUUCUACAGUGAUGUUAAAUGAAAAUGAUUCAAAUGCACUUUGAAUGACAAAAUGUUGUGCAAAAUUUCUAAAUAAUCAGAACUACAUAAUGAACAUGUGUGGUUGGAUUUCUUUUCUUGAAAAAAGUUUUAUUUAGCAUCAUCAGAUGAAGAAUAAUCUCCUAAAACAUUAAAUGAGGAGAUGAUCUUGUUAGUGAAACAGAGGCAAACUAGAUGGACACCUUAUAACCUUGUAUGACAGAAUCUAUUUGAUGAAUAAUCAUCAAAUAGAUUCUGUCAUACAAGGUUAUGACACAGAUAUAAGGUUUAAUAUAAAAUCUAACACACAGUCAUGCCCCCAGCUUGUGAAUGUGUUUUUUGAAGUUCUAAAAUGUUUCCUUUUGUCUGUGAGUGAACUGAAAUCUGAACGAAUUUCAAAGGCUGUCUUCGGGUUUAGUCAUAUCGAUCGAAUCCACAGUAAUGAAUGGCAUAUGAGCUCCUGUGUACUUGGCCUUUUUAACUCUGUAUAUUUGAGUCUGAAUCAGAACUUGUGAGUUGCAGACCAAAACCUACUAAGCAUCAUAUCAUAAUGAGAUGUCUGAAGAAUUGAUGAUAUGUAUAUUAGUGAUAGUCUCACUAGCUAAUAUUAGCUGCCUCAUGGGUCACUUUACCCCAGAGUGAUUACAGAUGAUUUGGUCAAAACAGUGUAGUAUUAUAUUACUUGAUGAAUACCAAUAGUAGCACAACUGAAGAGUUCAGAUAAGUUUGUUUUUUUAUUUGCCGUUUGUGCCUUUUCUUUUAUCCAGCAAAGCACAUCAUUCAAAAAGUAAAGUAAUAUGUUGUUUACAAUUCAAAUCUUCCUCUCUUUCUGAAGUAUUUGCUGGAGUUUUAUGUAUUUGUUCCUUCAGAAUGCAGUCAGAAUAAACCAUUCACUAUAGUCAUGAGCAUUUCGCUGUGAUCUACCCCAAACCAAAAAAGUGUUUUGCUGUUGUGAGUUUUUAAACACAUACUGGAAACUUAACCGAGCCAUGUGAGCUGACCUCAGUUAUUUUCUUUCUUUUGUUCCUUUCCUGUUUAAGAUUGCUGUCAUCUCUUUGUUUCUCAUCUUUCCUUGAUGAUAGUCAGAUUUCAAAGCUUACAUUUCUCUAUUUCACUGCUGUUAUUGUGCCCCAGCCCAAGGUGUAACCUAAUUACAUACAUUAGAUACAACAGAUGUGAAGCUUACUUUGGAGCUAGUUUGGUACACUCAAAUUUGGACCUGUCUGAGGCCACUUCACUGUAAUAACGUUGGUAACAUGAUAAGCACACAGCAAAGCUUUGAAGUGAUUCAGUCUUUGUCAAAGACACAGAGCCAGAGAAAACAGCUGUAGUUAUCUUGAGAAAAAGAUUUUGGAUGAAUGAUUUUGUCAUGGUUUUGUACUUUCUGCAACAGUAAAAAAAAAAGAUAGCCUUAAAUUUGGUUGUAGAUUUGCUGAUUUACUGCUUUUAGAGCAUAUCAUAUCAGGCAAAUAAACAUGUGUGCCUUCAAAUGAACUAAAGCUCAAAGACUCCUCCUUAAACGGACCAAUUUGACUCAAAUUCCUGAAUGGGCUUGAAUGAAUCAAUGUGUACCACAUACAGUAAAAAAAAAAAAAAAAACCAUCAGCAGUUUUAGAGGAUGUCAUCACAUUUGUAAUAACCUUUCCUGUCAUGUUUCUAUAUCUGUAUGGUCUUAUAUAAUUGCUGUUGUCUUAAAUGAAGUAGCCAACUCAACACUGUUAACUGAAAACAGUUUGUAUUUUGUUUUUGUGUUUUAGUGAAUAAUAACACUUUGAUUCUUCCAUUGUUAACUUUUUUAUUUUUUUAAACAGUGAGUCGUAAGUGCCAAUAAAAAAUGCCAAUAAAACACUCAAACUUGA